GAGUGUGAUGCCUCUUCCCUGCUAGUGUGCUUAUGGUCUCUUUGACUGCAACAUCAGAAAGCAUGGCAUACAUCCUAAAGACACUCAACAGCUGGUUCUGGUGGGAGAAUAUCUGGAUGCCCAUCAACUGCACAUGGGCAGAUUUUGUGGACCGUGAGGGACUCGUGUUUCCCAAACCCCAUCAGUUGUACGCCACAAUCCCGUACGCUUUUGUACUGCUGAUCAUCCGGUUCUUCAGUGAGAGAUAUGUUGCUAUACCUUUAGCAAAAGCCUUGGGUAUAAAGAAUGUAAGACGUGUGAAGCCACAGCCUAAUCCUGUGUUAGAGAGUUAUUUCCGGGAGUGCUCAAGACAACCAUCCCAAUCAGAGAUCAAAGGCCUUGCCAAAAAGUGCAACUGCACUGUCCACUUGGUGGAGAAAUGGUUCAGGAGACGGCGGAACCUGGAGAUCCCAACCGUGCUCCGGAAAUUCCAGGAAGCUUUCUGGCGAUUUUCAUUCUAUCUGACAUCCUCCAUUGUUGGAUUUAUAUUUCUGUAUGAUAAACCCUGGUUUUACGACAUAUGGCAGACGUGGGUUGGUUAUCCGUUUCAGACCUUGCUGCCAUCCCAGUACUGGUACUACAUGGCCGAGAUCGGCUUUUACUGGUCUCUCGUAUUUACCCUUGGGAUUGACAUCAAGCGGAAGGAUUUCAUGGCUCACGUCGUUCAUCACCUGGCAGCCAUCGGGCUGAUGAGCGGCUCUUGGUGCGGCAAUUACGUGCGGCUUGGAACUCUGGUGAUGUUCGUGCACGACACUGCAGAUUUCUGGCUCGAGGCAGCCAAAAUGUUUAAUUAUGCUCGCUGGGAGAAAACUUGCAACAUACUGUUCAUCAUCUUCUCUAUUGCAUUCUUCAUCACCAGGAUGAUCCUGUUCCCCUUCUGGAUUCUUCGUGCCACACUAUAUCAGCCUACCUACUACUCCACCACUCCUGUCAUAGCAUAUUUCUUAUUCAAUGGGAUGCUAUUAACCCUCCAAGGCUUGCAUUUAUAUUGGGGUUACUUAAUUUUCAAGAUUUUGAAAAGGUUCGUUUUCCUAAAGGACUUGAAAGAUGAUCGGAGUGAUGAAGAGGAGGAAGAUUCUCUUACAGACACUGAAGAGGAGUCCACCAAGAGUGGCACCAAGAACAGCAGUGGGUCAAGCAAGCACCUCCUGAGCAGCAGUCACCACUAGCCCUGCCCUGCCUCACCUCCUGCAGUGAUUCCUGCUCUGGUUUCAGCCCAACCUACAGGACAGGAUUUAAGUCAAAAGGCUUGUGAGAGACUGUGAUUGAUUUAUUGUUGGCUACUGGACCUGGAAAAAAGCCCAGUUUAGAGGGGAGGGAGAAAUUGCAUAACAUGACAAAAUGUGUUAAUGACCCACUUUCAGAAUCGUUGUGGAGUGUGUGGAAAGAUGUUUGGACACGCUGACUGACAGUGCUUCACAAGGGCAAAGCUCAAGACAGUCAAGUAAUUUAGUGUCCCGUUGAUUCUAGUGUUGUUUUUCAAUCUGAUAUAAGAUAUAUUUCAUCAAACAAUUUAAAUCACAGAUGUUUUGUGGUGGGUAGGUAGUGUGAACUCCGCUAGGAACCAGAAUUACUCAAUGUGGGAAAAGUUUGAUAGUGCUGUACAGUGACUGGCAUUUUAUCUUUACUUUUCAGUUUAAACCCUCAUCAAAAUGGGUAUUUUUCUGACUUAUAUUUCAUUUCCUGGAGGCCAGGGGAAGUGAACAUGGAGGAAUUCAAAUUACUUGUCUGUGAAGGGUUGGCUUCAGUGUAGAAAUAUGGUCUUUCUCUGAAGUGAUAGGUAGCUGAAAUAUUGUGUCAAGGAAGUCACUGUUAAAACAGCAAAACUCAGCCCCAAUUCUCCAUUGAGCUCCAGGAUUCUCAAAUGUCUUUCAGUCAUUUUGGCCCAGUGUUAGAACAGAAGGUGCAGAGGGAAGAGAAAAGGGAAAUGGAAAUUGGGAAAAACACCCUCUGCUCCUCACUCGUCUUCAGACCAGAAAGUUAAAGCCAAAUCUCAUCCAUUCCCUUCUUGUGACCUUGUAUCACAGCUUUGGAUGCUGCCCUCUCUGGAGUGAGGCCACCAAGCUCUGAUUUGUGGUUCUGGAGUGUUCACUGCAGGUACCUGGGCACAGGGUGUCACACUGUCACUGCUGUGGGUUCUUUGAUACCAGGAUCUGCAUUUCCAUCUCUGCUCUUUUAUGAAAUGGGGAAUCACAUCAGCUAGACCCAAACUUGGAGGUAUGUGACUUCAGCCACAGGCUGUUUGUGCUGUAACCAGUGGGUAACAGCUCCUCUUACCCAAAGUGCCUCUAUCCUAAAUCUGCGCUUCUGUUCUAACACAAGUGGGGCUGCAGCAGCAUUCUCAGUCCCAGGCCUUGUAAACAGGGUGGUGCCAGUCCCAUUUCCCUCUGCAUUAGCUCACAGGGUCAUAAAGGAUUUGUGUCAUAAGUCUGGGAGGCGAGAGGCUCUGCAUGUGGUUCUACAGUAGCUGAGAUCAUCUGGAGAGCUAAAUCCAGUAGUUUGAUGGAGGCCAGGGGACCACUCCUAGAGCAGCCUCAGUGAGAGUGUUCAGGUCAGAGUGGCUCUG